AAAAAGACUUCGGACAGGGGAAAAGCUGAAAAAAAAAAUAUGUGAAAAUACAACGUACAAUUUAAUGGCGAGCGGAAGUCCGACAGAAAUGGAGUUAUCCUGGAGCUCCUUCGCAUCGGUUAACGUUGGAUCAAAAUGCUCAUAGCAGAGAAGACUGCUGACUACCCAUCGGCUCAGUUCUCUCUGGUGGAGGAUGUGACUCUGCACUUCACCCGUUUGAUGGGCAGGCUGAAUGAGCAACGUCUCUCUCAGUCUGACCUGUGCGACGUCAAGCUCGUGCUGGUGCGACACUGCAGUACCUUCCCUGCCCACAAGGGGGUGCUGGCUGCCCACAGCCCAUUCUUCCACACUCUUUUCUCUCGGGAGAAGCAGCUGCAGCGCGUGGAGCUGGCUUUGGAGGAGCUGACCCCUCAGGGCCUGGAACAGAUCCUUAACUUCAUCUACACGUCGAAAGUGCUGGUCAGCGGCCGCACCGUCGGCGACGUCUUUCGGGCCGCCACCGUGCUCCAGAUGACCGACCUCGCCGGCUCCUGCCACGACCUCAUCAACAGCCAAUCGCUAACCACCGCCGAGAUGACGGACACGGAGGGGCGGGGCGAGAUGCCAGCGUCUUACAGAGAGAUGAAGCAGGAGGAGAUGGGUAAGAUGUACACACGGGAGGGCAACGACCCGUUCUCGGUACGGGUGGAGGACGGCAGCGGAACAGGAAGGGUGGGGCACCACCCAAAUCCCCAGCUCCAUCACCCUGGAUCUCAGUCGCUGCAUCCUACCCCUCAGGCCAAGCACUACUAUAAAAAGGAUGAGGGUGGAGGGGGCGUGGCUGUCACUGCAGGGAGGAACCUGUGUAAAAUGGAGGUCGGGGAUGGGGUGAAGGAGGCGGGGCCACAGGAUGGACACACCUCCUUUAAUAGGGAGCAGAUCAUUGUCGAGGUCAACCUCAACAACCAGACCUUAAACGUUUCCAAAGGCUCCAAGGGCAAAGCAGUCGCCACGGAAACCCAUCGUCGCCGUAACCCACCGCGUCCCGAAGACGAAGACGGCGAGGAAAACGAUAACGGCGACGAGGACAGAAACGAAGAGUACGAACGCAAAGAGGGCGAGAUGGACAACGGCAGCGAGGAAGAGAGGGAUGAAGAUGAAGAAGAAGAGGAGGAAGAGGAUGGAGAAGGAGAAGAACAAGAAGAAGAAGAAGAAGAAAACGACCACAACAUUCCAGAGGUUGGACAAGCCGUCGAGGAGCGACCCCGCAGGGGUACCAGAACCAGCGUGGUUUCCAGGACGACGGUGCCCAUGCGGCGCGCUCUUGGCAACGCCGCGCUGGCCGACAGGAGGGAGGUGCAGAGGGGGAGGGAGCAGGAGGGCGUAGGACAGAAGGUGAAGCUGGAGGAGAAGGAGCACUUUCCCUGUCGGAAGUGCCCGCGCAUGUUCAACAACCGCUGGUACCUGGAGAAACACAUGAACGUCACACACAACCGAAUGCAGAUCUGCAACAAAUGUGGCAAACGCUUCCUACUGGAGAGCGAGUUGCUUCUUCACCACCAGACGAACUGUGAGAAGAGCAUACAGUGUGUGACCUGCGACAAAGCUUUUAAAAAGCUGUGGUCUUUACACGAGCACAAUAAGAUCGUCCAUGGAUACGCCGAGAAAAAGUUUUCCUGUGAGAUCUGUGAGAAGAAGUUUUACACCAUGGCUCAUGUCAGGAAGCACAUGGUCGCUCACACUAAGGACAUGCCCUUCACCUGUGAGACCUGUGGAAAGUCUUUUAAACGCAGUAUGUCUCUGAAGGUCCAUUCCCUCCAACACUCUGGAGAAAAACCCUUCAAGUGUGAGCACUGCAGCGAGAGGUUUCAGUAUAAGUAUCAACUGCGUUCCCACAUGAGCAUCCACAUCGGCCACAAGCAGUUUAUGUGUCAGUGGUGUGGCAAGGACUUCAACAUGAAGCAGUACUUUGAUGAGCAUAUGAAAACACACACUGGAGAGAAACCGUACAUCUGCGAAGUCUGUGGGAAAAGCUUCACCAGUCGGCCCAACAUGAAGCGCCAUCGUCGCACGCACACCGGAGAGAAGCCUUACCCCUGCGACGUGUGCGGACAGCGUUUCCGUUUCUCCAACAUGCUCAAAGCCCACAAGGAGAAGUGCUUCCGGGUCAGCCAUCCCAUGGUCGCCGACGGCGACCCGCUCGGCCUCGACCCCGCCCCGCCUUCCCUAGACCCGCCGGGGGGUCCGCUGAUCGGCCGACCUUUGACCCCGCCCGGGGAGGUGUCCAGUCCUCACCAUAGCAACCCGCUCUCCUCCCCUCUGCUCCAGUCUGUGGAGGGUCUUCCUCCUCCACCCCCCCUCUUCUCCACCAGGAGAAUGAAUUCCAGUAACAACUAACUAUGUGUUAUGUAGCGGAUGGAGGCCUCUCGCCAUCUCCCUGUAGCUCUAAACCCCCCAGACCUCACGUUACAGUCAGCCAAGUUACAAAAGAAAAAAAAAACACAGAGGUCUCAGCACAUGUGGCUGGUGUUCUGGAGGAGCUUCCUCUGACUUCAGUUUUAGAAGUGUGUAACUUUAUACGUGUCCUAUCAGCUGUUAAAACUCGUUCCUUCGUUAUACUCCUAUUCUAAACCGUUUUAAGUUUCUUAUACUACUCGAAAAGUAGUUAUUCGUUCUAUGUUGCGCAUGG